UUGGCAUUUAAUAUCAAUAUGUAAGACAAACUAUUACUAAGCUAUAUAAUUGUACUAGUACAAACAUGACAUUUGUACACGUUGCUUCAAACAAAGUUCAAAUAUGACAUUUGUAUUCGUUACUUCAAAAUUCAAAUGUAGUGCCAAGCUUCAGUACGCCUCGCCUCAUUUGAAGUGGGACAUUGUACUGCCUCGGUACAAAAAAGAGGCAACACUUACAAACUCUUUUUCAAGUCAUGUCCUACCCAACACUACCUGGGACAGGGUGACAAACAAAUUUAAUAACAAUACUUUUGUUACCAAACGUGCUACAAUACAAUUAAGAAGGUGCUGGGAGAAAAUUAAAAAACAUGCCAAAGAUGACCGAACAAAAGAAAUAAAAACAAGGAUGGCAACAGGUGGUGGUAGUCCGUGUCUCCCCAGUCAAGAUUAUGUGCCAGGGGUGGAAGAGGUAGUACCUCAUCUUAUGAUUGAAAUCCCUGGCACAAUUGAUAGUAACACUAUUUUUGAAAGUGAAAGGCAAACUGAAACUUCAAUAACCACUACUUGCACAAUAUCAACUCGGUGCAAAACACCAAUAAUGUCACAGUCGAUUUUACAAGACUGUGAUCAAUCAGUACUCCGCAGAUAUUUAGAUUCAACCCAAACUGCCUGUGAAACUAUGAAUAACCAAAUAAAUGAACAUUUAACUUCAAGAAUGAAUAUUAUUAUUAGUCCAGAAGCAGAAACCAUAGAACCCACAGAUACCUGCAACAUAUCCAGCCCAUUGAUGCCUCGGACGGAAUUACCAUACACUGAACGACGUAGACGCUUAGCAUCUACAGCAGCAUCAGAAGUUAUUACUUUGAGGAAAAACAAUAUAUUAAAGGAGAGAAAUGAACAGCAAGACUUAUACAAAAUUCGCCGUUCCAUAUUGGAAAUAGAAUUCCAAAAAGAAUCUGAAAUGCUGCGUCAUUUGCAGAAAUUAAAUUCUAUAAAAGAAAUGAAUGAGAUUGAGAUAUUGGAACACCAACGAGCCCUCCGUAAAAUAGAGUUGCAGCGUGCUCUAGAACAUGCAAAUUAAAAUAGAAAUUCAAAGAUUAGAAAUUAUUAUUCAAGAUUUAAAUUAUAACCUUUUGAAAAAAAAAUGUACAUACUGUUCUAAAUUUUGAAAUAAAAAAAAAGAUUAAACAAAAA